CGUAUUUCAGACGCUGUAUAUUAACGAAGCAUUACACACCGAUUUUAUUUAACCUGAGCUGAGCCACGAUUCGUGGGAUAAUAUAGGUUAGGUUAUAGUUUUACGUUUCUCUAGUCCUAGUUGUGUUUAUAUUUGUAUUUUAUUCUUUAACUAUUCCUGGUAAUGCCUCGACAUCGGUCUCUCAGUAUUAGUCCCAGAAGGUCAUCAAAAUCUAAUUACAAAGACCAUCAUAAAUCCAGUGGCAAACAUAAACAUUCUUCCUCUUCCUCUUCUAAUUGUGACCAGAAUUCCAAGAAAGUAAAGCGCAAAUCUCGUAGAGACUCAUCAAGCGACUCUACUGAUAGCUCAGAUUCUGACAAUUCAUUAAAGCUGUUGGAAAAACUAAAAAAUGAAAGGAUUAAGCAUGUGGAGGAGCGUAAACGACAAAAGGAGUUUCUGAAAGCCACCGAAACACCCGAAGAGAAAAGAUUACGGAGAUUACUUAAAAAGGAAGCAAAGGAACGUAAAAGAAAGGAAUUAAUGGGGUGGGAUAACGAGUAUCUGCAUUACACAAACGCGGACAAUCCCUUCGGUGACGCUAAUUUGUUGUCGACGUUUGUAUGGAGCAAGAAAAUGGCGAAGGAAGGUUUGGUUGGCGUUAGUUCGGAGGAAUUAGAGACACGAAAUAAAUACAAGCAAGAUGAAAAUAAAAGAGAACUAGAAAAGGUUAAAAAGAGACGUCUCGAACGUGAACAGGAGAGACAGAAUAGGGAAGAAGAAAUGCAAAGGUUGCAAAGAAGUAAAGAGGCCGCACAGUUUGAGGAAUGGGAAAGGCAGGAAGAUAAGUUCCAUUUAGAACAGGCUAGGUUACGCUCGCAUAUUAGAAUACAAGACGGGAGAGCUAAACCAAUUGAUCUACUGGCAAAGUACAUAAGCGCAGAAGAGGAGGUCGACGCCGUAGAAAUGCAUGAACCGUACACUUAUCUUAACGGUCUUCACAUUAAGGAUUUAGAAGAUCUGAUUGAAGACAUCAAAGUGUAUCAAGAACUGGAGCGGGGUAAAAAUUUGGAUUAUUGGAAUGAUAUCACUGUAAUCGUCGAAGAUGAACUUCAAAAGUUGCGGAAAUUACAGCAAGAAAAUGACUUUGACACUGGAAUAAGCCGACGAGAAGGCAUUCACCAAUCAGUUGCUUCCGACGUCACGCAAGUGUUUAAGGGCAAAACCACUUCUCAGUUAAUAAAUUUGCAAAUACAAAUUGACAAGAAAAUACACGGGAAGACAGACGGCAUUGAUAUCGGUUACUGGGAAUCGCUUUCGUCACAGCUGAAAGCGCAUAUGGCAAGGGCGAGAUUACGAGAUCGGCAUCAAGAUAAUCUCAGACGUAAACUUCAAGUUUUGAAAGCAGAACAAGCAGUUGCAGCUUCGAACGUUGAUACUGUUGAAACUAACGAGGAUUCUGAAGAUGUUGCUUCGAUAAAGAUCGAAGAAGAACCGGAACCAAGUUGUAGUAAGGAGCAGGAGGAAGAGGUGGAGGAAAGUGAUCGCGAGGAACAACCAGAAGAACAAGACGGAGAAGAAGAAGACGAAGAGAACGCCGAAACUGUGUUACUAAAUGAAUGCUUUGCAUCUUACACAAACGGAGGAUACAGUCCUAAAUUUCUGUCGUGUGACCGUUUGGAACCGGGUACAAUUGUUGUUAGUGAGGAGGAUGAUUUGAAGAGAUUAGAAUUCGCCAGAGCUCAGGUUUCCAACUCCGGAAAGAAGGUUGAUAAUGUACUAACCAAAGAAGAUAUUAUGUUACAACGAGAAGCCAGGAAAGGUAUGGGCGAAGAUGAAGCUCAAUUUUCGGUCGAGGCCGCUUUGGACAAUCAAGUUUAUCUGUGGUCAGAUAAAUAUCGCCCCCGGAAACCUCGCUACUUCAACAGAGUGCAUACAGGUUUCGAGUGGAAUAAGUAUAAUCAAACUCACUACGAUAUGGAUAACCCUCCGCCUAAAAUAGUGCAGGGCUAUAAGUUUAAUAUUUUCUAUCCCGAUCUUAUUGAUAAGGGCAGUACUCCUGAGUAUUUUUUGACUCCAUGUGCAGACAACAGAGAAUUUGCUAUACUUCGGUUCCAUGCUGGACCACCGUAUGAGGAUAUUGCUUUUAAGAUAGUUAAUCGUGAAUGGGAGUAUUCUUACAAAAGAGGAUUUCGGUGUCAAUUUCAUAAUAAUAUCUUUCAAUUAUGGUUCCACUUCAAGCGGUAUAGAUAUAGAAGAUAAAUGUAAUUUAUAGGAUGUUUAUAAAAAAUAAAAAGCUACAAUCGUAA